ACUGUUAAUGUGCUCGGAGGAGCGUCGCUCCGGGCAUCUUGGCGCUGGUCAGGCGCCACUGGAGUUCAUGAGAACUGAAAAUUGGCGCCAGCCAGGCUGGCAGUGGCAUGGUGGCGCAGAAGCAAGUAGAGCGCUCUAGGUUCUUUCUGGCCACAGCUUCGCUGGAGUGCCAUUUUCAAUUUGAUUAAGAUAGUGCUGCUCCUGCGGGAGCUGUUGCAUUAACAGGGCGCGGGCCAGUUCAAAAGCCUGCUCGGAAGGAUGGCUAGCCAGACGCUGUCAUGGAAUGAACUUCGAGAAGCCCUUGCUUCUUUAAAAGAAGCAGCCUUAGCAACACGGUAUUGCAAGGCCCCUUGCCGCCAGCUGGCCAACCGCUCCGACAAGCUCGUCUCCCUGCUGGACGGUUACGCCGCAAACCCGAGCAUAACCCGCCAGCCCGAAACCCUCAAAGCGUGGGCGUCCAUCCUGGAGAUGGCGCGCACCUCGCGCGAACUCGCCGUCCAGGCUGGCGCCCUGAAAGCUGUGAUAGAUAUAAAGAAGAAGAAGCGGCUGCGGGGGGAGCUCGAGGAGAGUCUUUCGCAGAUGGACGGCUUGGUGAUUGACCAGGUCGGCAUGCUGCUCAAGGUCGCCAACAGCGCCAACCGGGCGGUCAAUGGGGGGGUGACACCUGUGGCCCCGACAUCGAUCGAGGAGCACAUCAGGGGGCUCGUGUUCCGCCUCCAGGCAGGGCGCCUCGAGGAGCGGCUCGAGUCAGCUGAAGCGCUGGCAAAUGUCACUGCGAGCAACCCCGAUGCGCAGCGGGUUGUCUUGCUGGAGGGCGGCCUACGGCCCCUCGUGCACUUGCUCGAGGCCUGGGGGGAUCCCUCGGUGUCACUGCUCCAAGAACACGCCAUAAACGCGUUGGGAAACAUCGCGGCGGGAAGCGCGCAGGGGGGCCACGCGGUGGCGGGAUUCGAGGGCGCACUGGGCGCCCUUCUGAGGACGCUGCAGGUUGGGAGCGCGCGCGCGCAGCGGGCGGCAGCGGAGGUUCUGGCGGGGCUGGUGCAGCGGGACGAGGAUGCGAGGGGGGCAGUGGGCGAGGAGGUGCAGCAGCUGGAGCUGGUGGCCUUCCUUAAAGCGCUGUACCCAGACAGCUUCGUGUUGCAGGAGAGCCGCGCCAAUCUGGUGGGCUCACACGCCAAGGAGCUGGACGACUGGCGGCAGAAGGUGGAGGACGUCCGUAGAGAAAAGGACGCACAGCUGUCGGACGUCCAGUCUCAGAAGCAGGGCGAGGUGGAGGCCCUGCUGGGCCAGCUAGCAGCGCACCGGCAAGCCUUGGACGAAGAGCGGGAAAAGAGCCAGGGGCAGCUGGACAGGGCCCGGGCCGAGGCAGAGCGGAGCAGAGAACAGAUCGACGCGCAGCUGCGUGCCCAGUUGCAGCAGGCGGAAAGCGAGCGGGGCGCGCGGGAGCGGGAGUUGUCGGAGCUUGCGUGGAACGCACUGAAGGACGUGAAGGCGCAGAAAACGAUCGCCCAGCAGAGGGACAUCACGCUGCUCGCGAUCGUGCUGCGGUGGGGCACGUGCGAGGCGCAGAUCCGCGCGGCGGAGGCGAUCUCGGACCUGGCGGUGAACGAGUCGAACCGGCGGACGCUGGCUGCAUACGGGGGGAUCCCCCCCCUCGUUGACCUGCUGCGAGCGGGGCCUCCGCAGGUACAAGAAAUGGCCGCGGCGGCGCUCCUGAGCCUCUCUUUCGACGACGGCAACCGCAAGGAGAUUGCCGCGCACGGGGCAGUCCCGCUGCUCGUAGGCCUGCUGACGUCAGAGAGCGCGGAAGUCAAGGAGACGGGCGCGGCGGUACUGUGGAGUUUAGCGGAGGACGAGGACAACCGGAAGCUCAUCCGGCGGCAACCGCAGGCCCUGUCGCUGCUGCGGGAGCUGCGGGAGGCGGGGUCAGACGGGGCCAAGGAGACGGCGGGCAAGGCCCUGAAGCGGCUGGAGUGAGGGCGGGGUGAGAGACGGAGACGCUGAAUCGUGUGGAGACGGAGGUGAUUUAAGGAAUGACGCGCAUCGCCCAUGCGGGGAGGUUGCGUGGAGUGGGGACGGACACGCGGGUGGACGAAAGUCUGGUGGGGAGCGGAAAGGCACGGCUGGACGAUGGAGCGACUGUGUUGAAACAAACGGGAUAUGUGCUGAACAUAUGAUGGUGAGCAGAACUCGUAAUGAGGGUACUCGACGGCUGAGCCCCGUUUACGGGGGCCCGGAUAGAAAGUUCCAGGAGUAAGCGAGUAUGUAUUACAAUAAGCAGGUGCAAGGCCAGCCAGUAAAGCCGCCUCUUUUGUGGGCCAACCCGCUGGAGCGAAGAUAUAGGGCCGAAAGCAGCCGCUAGCAUCUUGGCGGCUCCAGCUGGAGUAUGUGAAGUCCGCAGCCGACGGGCGUAAGCCGCCUACUGCAAAACUCGUAUAGCAUGUCCGAAACGUCAAGCAUAAGCAGGUGCUGUUUAAAGGCCUCGAAUUGAAGCCUUCGGCGACACCCGGCUUCAAGUUUUAACAUGUAACUUUCAG